AUGAACACACAAAUUACAUCGGGUUGGCAAGCUUCUCCUAGCGCCAGUCUAACUUACACAUCGUCCACAGCCGGCGGCGGGGCCUACUACUUUGCCAAACAAUCCAUCAAUGCCGACCGCCAAUCUCGCUUUGAAACCGAAGUCAAGCGCAAAGCUCAGCUGAAGGCCAUGGAAGCCGAGCACAUACGGCAGGCCGCCAUCACCGCACCAACCCCGAACGCGAGCGAUGACGCCAGCCUGAAACGCGCCAACAUGACCCGAUUCCAGAAUGCCACAGACGACGUCGCCUCGCCCAGUGCCGAAGCGUCCCACGACCCGGCCCCGACUCGACACGAACCAAUGACCGAUAAGGACCGGGUGCUGGAGAAGGGGAAAUACGAAGCGACAGAGCCGUUCCGGCCGCCGCGAGGGAACCGGUUCAGUUGA